UCAGAUUUCACACUCCUCUUCGCAAAACUCUCUCUCUCUCUCUCUCUCUCUAGUCUUAAUAUCUUUCUCUCUAUUUGCUUUGCCAAACGAAACAUGUACGGACAGAAUAGUACAGAAUCGGAUUUUGCAUUACUGGACUCGAUUCGGAGGCACUUAUUAGGCGAAUCGGAUCUACGACUCGGAGCUCCGAUUAUGAAUAUGAACAACAGCAACAACAGCUCGGGUAGUGUUGGUCCGGUUUUCUGUCGGAGCACCAGUUUCAGUAGCCUCUACCCUUGUUUGACUGAGAAUUGGGGGGAUUUGCCUCUCAAGGAGGACGACUCCGAGGACAUGGUCCUCUACGGCGUCCUCCGUGACGCCGUCAGCGUCGGCUGGGUCCCGUCUCUCGGAUCGGAUUCGAGUGACAUCAGUGGCAGUGUGUGCAGCCAGCUCACCACUUGCUCCUCCGUCGGAAAUUACGCGAUCAAAUCGGAGCCCGAGACCCUUCCGGCGGUGAGCGGACCGCUUGACUGUACGGCUUCGACUUUGGAUAUUCCGAUGGAGAAACCUGCGAAGCCCGCGGUUGUUCCGUCGAAGGGGAAGCAUUACCGUGGUGUGAGGCAACGGCCGUGGGGGAAGUUUGCGGCUGAGAUUAGGGACCCGGCUAAGAACGGGGCCAGAGUUUGGCUCGGGACUUUCGAAACCGCCGAGGACGCUGCCUUGGCAUACGACCGCGCUGCUUACCGGAUGCGCGGAUCGAGGGCUUUGCUCAAUUUCCCGCUCCGGAUCAAUUCGGGCGAACCCGACCCGGUCAGGGUGACUUCGAAGAGGUCCUCGCCUGAGCCAUCUUCGAGCUCUUCGUCGGAGAGUAUGUCGCCGAAGAGAAAGAAGAGGGUCGCUAAAACAUCGCCAGCACCGGAGGUCCGAUUAGGGAAUGGGAAUGGUGUUGGUGUUGGUGUUGGUGUUGAGCAACAAGUGGGUAUGCCCCAAGUUGCAUCGUGUACACGUGGCGAUCAAUUAUUGGUCUGUCAAUAAUGUUGGAGAACUGCAACAAAUGAAUCAAUUAUGACAUUGUAAUUAUCAGAGACGGGAUUUUCCCAUAAAUUUUUUACUUUUAUUCUUUCUUUUUAUAAUUUUUUCUAGGGAGAAAAGAAAAAAUGUAAAGGAAAAAGAAUAAAAAGAAAAAGAGAAGUGUUAUUAUAUUAUACUACAAUAGGAUUGAGUCAGUUGGUUACUUGGUUUUGUGAAUAUAUUUCUAUACAUUUGUUUUGUUGGAUCAAUAGAAAUGAAAAGAGUUUCCCUUAA